UUCGGGCAAAGUCACACGUGGUAACAACUGUAAACAAGCGGCGUUCGAAACAUUAGACAAUCAAUGAGGAUAUUGGUGCAAAUUUGUGUUUUUAAAGUGAUUAUACUAAUCAGAUUGAGAGUGUCACAGUUUUGCCAUACUUUAACAUUUUUUUUCAGGCCUACUAAAAAACUUUAAAGUUCAAGUUUUCCUGUAAUGUUAUAUCCUGAACCAGCACAAUGAAAGUUAGUUUUCACGGUCUGUACAAGUUGGUUAUACAAUCCUUUCCAAACUCUCAACAUGUUUUACUUUUAAAAAGAUCUAAAAUUUCUUGUUGCCGUUAUCGGAUAUUCUGCUCCCAAUGUUCGGAUACAAUAUUUGCACUUUCGUCUGGACAUGAAAAAUGUGGAGUGGCAGUCAUCAGAGUGUCUGGACCAAGAUCUGAAAGUUCUCUUAAAGCGCUUUGCAGGACAGAAAAACUACCCAAACCCAGAUUUACACAUUUAAGGAAACUUUUCAACCCAGUUACUCUUGAACCAAUUGACAAAGGACUUGUGAUUUGGUUCCCAGGUCCAGAUAGUUUUACUGGUGAGGAUUGUACAGAGUACCAUGUCCAUGGAGGUCAGGCUGUUAUCACAGAGAUGGCCAAUGUCCUUGGAGGUUUGGAUGGUUUCCGUCAUGCAGAGGCUGGAGAAUUCACUAAACGAGCUUUCACCAAUGGUAAGUUGGACCUUACUGAAGUGGAGGGGCUAGGAGAUUUGAUUCAUGCUGAGACAGAAGCACAGAGAAAGCAAGCUCUCAGACAAAUGGAUGGAGAGCUUAGUAGGAUGUAUACAACGUGGAGAAAACAAAUUAUUAGUUACACUGCCAGUGUAGAGGCCUACAUAGACUUCGCUGAGGAAGACAACAUAGAGGACGAUGUCCUAAAUCAAGUAAAUAUUGGGAUUGAACAACUUCUGAGUGAAUUAGAGAGUCACCUGAGAGACAACCGUCAAGGCGAGAUUUUACGGUCAGGAGUGCAAGUGGCCAUAGUGGGUGAACCUAAUGUGGGGAAGAGUAGCCUUCUGAACUCUGUUUGCCAGCGACCAGCUGCCAUUGUGUCUCCUCUAGCAGGCACCACACGAGAUGUGGUGGAGACUGGGGUCAAUAUCGGGGGAUAUCCUGUACUUCUCAGUGACACAGCAGGUCUGAGGGAAACCCAGGACUCUAUAGAGAAGGAAGGGGUCAGGAGGGCCCUUCACAGGGCACAACAAGCUGACAUAAAAGUGUUAAUGAUGGAUUGUGAUCUUAAUCAAAAUGCUAAAAAGGAACUGUCCUCUUUUAUCCUCCAACGUAUCACUGACCUUGGAAUUGCACUAACAUCUGAUGUUGAAGGUCAAACGGGAAAUUGUUCUACAAAAGAAAAUGAUUCUACAGAAUUGAAAAAUAUAUUUGAAAAUUAUGUUUUGGUAUUCAACAAAAUGGAUAAACUUUCAAAAGAAGAAGUCAUCAAGCUGCAGACAGUAACAGACCUAUGUGAUAUAACCUCCUGUAUAAUUUCCUGUGAGAGUGGAGAGGGAUUGGAUGAUUUUGUGACACUACUGAAGGAAAAAGUGGCAAAAAUAUGUGGCAAUCCCCUAGCUGGUUCCCCCAGUCUGACCCAGACUCGCCAUCGACAGCACCUCCAGGCUUGUGUGAGCCACCUCCACCAGUACCAGAAACAACCUGAGGAUGUAGUCAUUGCUGCCUUUAGUCUGCAAAAUGCUGCCAGGGAAAUUGGCAAGAUCACAGGAAAAAUAACGUCUGAGGACAUCUUAGAUGUGAUAUUUAGAGACUUCUGCAUAGGGAAGUAAUAAAGGAUGGCAGCUUAUUAUCUUCAU